CCCUGUUGAGGAGGACAGAGAUAUAAAGAUAAUCUCAAAGGAUGAGAAAGGUCGCACUGCUAGCAGUUCGGGUCGAAACUUUUGGGUGAGUGGACUGGCUUCCACUACUAGAGCUACAGAUUUGAAGAAUCUUUUUAGCAAAUAUGGGAAGGUGGUAGGUGCAAAAGUGGUCACCAAUGCUCGCAGUCCUGGUGCUCGCUGUUACGGCUUUGUUACGAUGUCUACAGCCGAGGAAGCAACAAAGUGUAUUACUCACCUCCACAAAACAGAGUUACAUGGGAAAAUAAUUUCUGUAGAAAAAGCAAAAAGUGAACCUGCUGGAAAGAAGCUAAGUGAAAAAAAAGAGAAUGAAGCAAAGAAAGAAACAGCCAGUGAGAGACCUGGCAGUGUUAAAAGGGAUGAGAAAUCUGACCAAAAAGAUGAUCCUAAAAAGACAGAAGACAAAGAUGAAAAAAAAGAUAAAGACGAACUGAAGUCUGGUUCAUUGGAUCAACCUAAAACUAUUAAGUCGGGAAGUAAAGGAACAGAGAGAACGGUAGUAAUGGAUAAAUCCAAAGGAGAACCUGUUAUUAGUGUGAAAACAUCAACUGCAUCAAAAGACAGAAGCAUUAAGAGCCAGGAUCGCAAAUCAGAGAGCAGAGAGAGACAAGGCAUUGUGCCAUUUGACAAAAUAAAAGCACAGCGAAAAAUGAGGGAGGCAGAGCAGCGCCGCACACGUGAGCGUCGGGAGAGACAGCAGCACCUGCAGACUAUCCGGGAACGAGAAGAAAGGGAGAGGCUUGAGAUUGCUCGUGAGAGACUGGAAAUUGAAAGGCAGCGUCUUGAACGAGAACGAAUGGAAAGAGAAAGACUGGAAAGAGAACGAAUGCACAUAGAGCACGAAAGGAGAAGAGAACAAGAUCGCAUUCAGCGAGAAAGAGAAGAGCUGCGACGCCAGCAUGAGCAACUGCGCUAUGAACAAGAACGUCGGUCUGCAAUGAGAAGACCAUAUGACAUAGAUGGCAGGAGAGAUGAUCCAUACUGGCCAGAGGCAAAACGAAUGGCAAUGAAUGAUAGGUACCAUUCAGAUUUUAGUCGCCAGGAUCGCUUCCAUGACUUUGAUCACAGGGAUCGUGGCCGAUACCAAGACCACUCAAUAGACAGGAGAGAUGGAUCAAGGACAAUGAUGGGAGAUCGGGAUGGACAACAUUAUCCAGAUGAGCGCCACGGAGGACCAGAGCGUCAUUCACGAGACUCUCGGGAAAGUUGGGGGAGCUACGGAUCUGACAGAAGAAUGAGUGAAAGUAGAGGGAUACCGCCACAGUCACGGGAUGGACGUGACUGGGGAGAUCACGGUCGAAAGUUUGAAGGACAUCAAGAUCGUUCAUGGCAGAGCAGUGUGGAUGGAGGAAUGAUAGGACGGGAUCAUGAGAGAUGGCAAGGUGGUGGGAGAGGCAGACCUGGCCAUGUGAUGCAUCGUGGAGGCAUGUCAGGGCGUGGAGGCUUCAUGCAAGGUGGCAACCAAAGUCAGAUGAUGCAUGGAGGAGGAAUGCAAGGAGAAGGAUUUGCUGGCCAGGAGAGAGCAAACAGACCUAAUGAUCCUCGUUUUAACCGUCGCUACUGAAAGUGUUUUAAUUUUUAAUGCAAGGUGGCAACUGCAAUGAAUCUGUUACCCAGGGUUACCAUUAAUUGUAACUUAUGGGCUACUGUAAGUGUAAUUUUUUUUUAAGCUGCUGCCAUAUUGUCACUCAAUCCAAUGUGAACUCAUUUGUUUUGUAAUGUGUUGUUCUUAUCCCAUUUAAAAUGUUUGCUAAUGAAGCAUUCCAUUUUCCAUAAAUAAAAGCCAGUUUACAGUUAA